CCUGAGAGGAGGCUGAAGUGGUACAUAAGAUGUUUGUGCUUCAAGAAUCCCGGGAUCUGCAGGUUCUGUAUGAAUCCUUGGAAAAAAGCACCCCCGAGUCUCUGAAGGUGUACGGUGCCAUUUUCCACAUUAAGAAUAAAAACCCAUUCAACAUGGAGGUGCUGGUGGAUGCCUGGCCAAAUUAUCAGACGGUCAUAACUCGACCUCAGAAAGAGGAGAUGAAAGAUGAGCAGGAUCAUUAUACCAACACUUACCACAUCUUCACCAAAGCUCCCCACAAGUUGGAAGAAGUUCUGUCAUGUCCUCAUGUUAUCAAUUGGGAACAAGUCUUCCAGAUCCAAGGUUGCCAGGAGAGCUUGGGUGAGGCAAUAAGAAAGGUAUCAGCUUCAAAAUCAGUACAGGUAGAUUACCUGAAGACCACACUCUUUACGAUAAAAACACCGAAGGAAUUCAAGACUUCAAGUGAAGACCACACGGAGUUGGCAAAGUUACUUACAAUAGAUAAAGUAGAUGAAGAUAACAAGAAAGAAAACUUUCCAAGCAUUUUUUUGGAUGCCUCACAUGCAGGUCUUAUAAAUGAACAAUGGCUCUUUGGGAAAAAUGAGAGGAGCUUGAAAUAUGUUGAACGCUGCCUCCAGAGUUUCCCAGGAUUUGGGAUUAUGGGUCCAGAAGGGCAGCCUAUCUCCUGGCUCGUGAUGGAACAGUCAUGUGAGCUGAGAAUGGGUUACACUGUCCCCAAAUAUCGAAGCAAAGGCAACAUGUUGCAAAUUGGAUAUGACUUUGUAAAAUAUUUAAAUGAGAGAAAAAUACCAUUUUAUGUACAUGUGGCAACUGAUAAAGAGAAAACUCAGGGGAGCCUGCAAAAUUUUGGGUUUGAAAUUAAUCCUUGUGGAUGGCAUCAGUGGAAAUGCACCCCUAAGAAAUACUGUUGAAUGGUACCACUGUCCAUUUCAACCUUUUCUUAUCAAUGGAAAAACCUAAAUAUAAACAAGAAUAUAGCAAUC